GUCUGAUCGUGGAGCAGUAUCCUUACCUCAGGAAUGUUCUGGACGAGCUGUGGAAACAACCAGAGAGAUUGCUCUUUAUAUUUGAUGGUUUGGAUGAAUUCAGGGCAAGGAUUGAUUUCGCUGACAGUCGGAGAGACACAGAGCCUCAGCGCAGGUGCACAGACCCUGAAUUCCUCUGUGAUCUGUCUGACAUUGUGUACAGUUUAAUGCAGAAAAAGCUGCUGCCAGGCUGCUCAGUGCUGGUGACCAGCCGCCCCACUGCAUUACAUUUACUGGCAAAGGCUCGGGUCAGUGUCUGGGCUGAAAUCCUGGGAUUUGUUGGUGAAGAGAGGAGGGAAUAUUUUCACAAGUUCUUUGAAGAUCAGGAGUUGGCGGCUGCUGUUUACAGCCACGUGGAGGAGAACGAGCUCCUGUUCACCAUGUGUUACAACCCGUCCUACUGCUGGAUCCUCGCUCUGUCUGUGGGUCCCUUCUUUACACGGAAACUCAGCAACAAACAGCGAGUUCCCAAGACAGUCACACAACUCUUCUCCUAUUAUAUUUAUAACAUAUUAUCACAUCACAGUGUCAAGAUGGAAAGCCCCCGUGAUGUGAUGCUGAAGAUUGGUGAGAUGGCCUUCACUGGAGUCUCCCAGAGAAACAUUGUCUUUAAUGAUGAAGAUCUGUUCAAAUAUAACCUCCAGCCUUCGCAGUUCCUCUCUGGUUUUCUCAUGGAACUUGUGGAGAGAGAGUCUUCAGAGCACAGCGUAGUCUACACAUUCCCGCACCUCACCAUCCAGGAGUUUGUAGCCGCACUCGCUCAGUUGCUGACUCCGAAUCCAGAAAGUAUUCAGGAUUGCUUCUAUCAAGCUCACAGUAAAGAGGACGGCCGGUUUGAGAUAUUCCUGCGCUUUGUUGCUGGUCUCUCCUCCCCACGGGCAGCUCAGCCACUGGAGGAGUUUCUGGGCCCAUUUGUCCAUCAGACAACCUGCGCGGUGAUCGAUUGGCUGAAGGAGAAGGUUAAAACUCAGAUCAGAGACACAGACACCGUGAAUGCGAAAAGGAAGCUGCUGAACACACUCCACUACCUGUUUGAGUCUCAGAAUCAAGCCCUGGCACAGCUCACACUGGGCUCUGACCACACACUGACAUUUGGUGACUCCUCUCCAGAGAAAGCAUUGACACUGACACCGAUAGACUGUGUUGUGGUGUCUCAAGUCAUUGGACUGUGUGACACAAUAAAAGAACUGAAUCUGACGAACUGCUACAGUCGGGAGGAGGGUCUCCAGCGUCUGGUUGCUGCUCUGCACAAGUGUCAAAAGUUGCUGUCUGGGGUUCACAGUGUUCGGAUAAGGAGAGGAUAGAGAGAUUCACUGCCCAGAACCUGGAGAUUGUAGGCCGGGCUUCCAGAAGCCAAGACAUUAGCCUCACUCACACACUGACUGAGGGUUACAGUGCUGUUGGAAUAGACUCAGCGUAAACUGUGCUGCUGCCAGGACCA